AUGUCGCUCCCCAUACGAACGCUGGGCAAAGAUGGCCCUCCCGUCUCUGCCAUCGGUCUUGGUUUUGGGAGCAUUGGCGGAUUCUACGGACCAGCUGGUACCAUCGACGAGAGAGUCGCCCUUUUGGAGCACGCACAUGCCAAAGGAUUGCGCUUUUGGGAUAUGGCCGGCAUCUACGGUGACAGCGAGGACGUCGUGGGCGAAUGGAUCAGACGAUCCGGCAAGCGCAACGACGUCUUCCUGGCCACGAAGUUUGGGCUUCAGAGACAGCCUAGUGGAAGGCACACUUUCCGGUCUGAUCCCGAGUAUGUCAAGGCUGCAUGUGCACAAAGCCUGCGGAGACUCGGCGUCGACACCAUUGAUGUUUACUACUGCCACAGAGUGGACGGAGUCACGCCAAUUGAAAAGACCGUUGAAGCUAUGGUGGAGCUGAAGAACCAAGGGAAAAUUCGCUAUCUUGGUCUAUCGGACGUCUCAGCAGCCACGUUACGUCGCGCGCAUGCCGUGCACCCUAUUACCGCCUUACAGGUGGAAUAUAGCCUGUUUACAUUAGACAUCGAAUCCCCAGCGUCGGAGAUCCUCAAGACCUGUCGCGAACUAGGCGUGGCUAUUGUGGCUUUUAGCCCGAUUGGACGGGGUAUACUCACAGGGCAAUUUCAAUCUAGGGCAGAUAUCCCCGAAGGCGACUUACGCCGCAUGUACCCCAAGUACGCGGAGGAAAACUUCCCGGAAAUCUUGAAACUGGUGGACACAUUGAAGGAUGUGGCCAAUGCUCAUGGAAGUACCCCUGCACAGGUAGCUCUUGCGUGGCUGCUGGCGACAGGACCAGAUAUCAUCCCAAUUCCGGGUACGAAAUCCGCCGCUAGAAUGGACGAAAACGCGGCGGCUGCACUGUUGCAGUUGAGCGACCAAGAAGUGCAAGAAAUUAGAACUCUGGCGGAGAAGGUGAAGAUCGAAGGUACUAAGUAUCCUGCCGCGGUGAUGGCUACUCUCUUCUCAGACACGCCGCCGCUGGAACAAUGA